AUGCUACAGCAAUAUUCAUUCGAUGAAGAAACCGUUCCUCCAAAAGUUGUUUGUUGGAAUGAUCUUUCAGCGUUAGAUUCCAAAUCGGCAGAAAAAACAGUUAGAGCAGGUAUUAAACACGAAUAUAAAGUAUUUUCAGAUAAAUUAUCUUUUACUUUCGAUUCAGUUUCACAUGGAAACAAAGAUAUGUUACCAAUUCCUGAAAAUACAAGUGAUAUGCAGCUUAUUUACCAUGUAAUUGAUCCAACUAUUACUCAAAAGUCGCGUGCAGCAACCAACGCUUCAGUACAAUCUUCUAGGCUGAUUUUAUCACGAAGUGGUAGUCAAUUUUAUUCAUUAACAGAUCCAUCACUGAUAUCAACACCCAUUGCUCCUUCUUCUCCUAUACAAGAAGACCCUCCAAGUUUAAGAUUUUUAUCUGGCCAAGUUCCGGACAAUACUGUUUUCAUUUUUGACUGCAGUUUUGCAGACGACGCACUCAAAGUCUUAACCGAGAAAUCAAAAGAUAUCAUUGUCCUUGCUGCUUCUCAAGAUACUUUAAAUUAUUACCCUCAGCUUCCUUGUGACUUAUUUACGUCAUGUUUAUUGACACCAUCAAAGGUUGCUGUGCUCUGGGAAAUCCAAAAUAAUACAAAUAUUCGAAGCGGAUUUUUAUCAGACAUUGAUAUUCAAAUUUUGAUCGAUAUUUUCAACGAAUACCACGUAUUUUCCGAAAUACUUGACAUGCUCGAUAAAGCGCUUGAAGCUUACGUUGAUACAAUGGCUUCUGAAGUUAUGGAAUCAAAUCCUUAUUUAUUCCAAAAAGUUUUCAGAAAGAAUACAUUCCUAUCACGAUUAUUUACUAAUUUCAUCUUUUCCCAUCGAAUGAUGAAGACAAUUUCCGCAAUUCCAACUUCAUUUCCUCCUUUACCUGAUAUGUCAACCCACGAGCUCUGGGAUUCGUUCUUCUUCCAAGUUGACAGGGCCCUGUACUCAUUAAAAGAGUCAAUGAAGCCAACUCCAAGAAAUAUCUUUGCAUACAACGAUCUCUUGGAAGAACAGAUGAAGCAUCUCGAGAACUGGCUCCUUUUCCCUAAAAAGGACCGACCAUCUCCAAUGGAAUUACCUUUUGUUGAGAUUUUAAUCAGUUCUCCCGAAUUUUUCAAGCGAUCCAUCCAUUUUUGCGCCAAAUUCGUAGAGAUUUCGGAAGAAAGGACCAAGAGCCUGAUGGAAACAAGGACUUUUCCGAUUCUUCAUCUAAUAUUGAAAGAUAAAUCAACAAUUGAAGAGUCGGGAGAUGAAACAAUAGCUGAUUUUACCUUUGUUAUCAUCAGUUGUGUCCUUCUGAAGAGCUCUUUAUUGAAUUAUUUCACUGAUUACAUUGAUUUUUGGUUAAUGCUUAUGAAAUCCGAAACAGAAAAGCUUGCAAUAUAUUCAUUAUCAAUGCUUUUAUUGUUUUCAUGUAUAGAAAAAGGAAUACAGAAAUUGAAUGAUGAAAAAUUCAUUCAAGAAAUGAUGUUGUUUACAAAAAGUGACAAGUCCCCUUAUCUUCGUACAUUAUCCCAUAUAAUAUUAGGCCAUUUGGGGCAUGGAAUCAAAGAACCGUUGGAAGAAAUGCAAGACGAGAAUGAUCCAAUGGCCAGAGCAGCAAUUGUUUCCAGAGUUAUUACAACAAUUGACAAAGAAACGUCGGAUACAGCUCGCGAUGAGAUGAUUUUCAAUCUGAUUGCUUUGUUGAAUGAUCCUUACAACAGAGUUCGCGAAGAAAGUUUAAUUGCUUUAUCUCAUUCUUUGGCAACUCAGCCUCCGAACUUCUUUUCAACGCUUAAAGACUAUGUAGCGACAUUUAAUGACGAUUCCGUCGAAUCGAGUAUCGUAAAACUCCUUGCUCAUACGAUUAAUAUUUUGAUGUACGAGCCUUCAACGAGAGUAUCCCAAAGAAUCGAAGAAUUCUUAUGCUACAUCGACGCACAGAUCGUAAAUGUCCAAACAAAGCCUCUGGAAUCUAAUUUCACCAAUGGAUUACUCAAUAGAAUCGCACAUCCACCGAUUACUAAAACAAAUGUAUCAUUAUCGUACUCCGCGAACCAAAUGAUUGCAGAUGAAUGCAUUCUAACUGGUUCUCCGUCCAUUUCUCCCUCAGGAUUACUAUCAUGUGCGGAUACAGCAGGUAGAAUGCAUGCGCAAGUCACUUCUUACGGUAUUCCAGCCCGCCAGGUCUACAAUUUCUUCAAAACUAGCCUAGUUCCUGAACAUAUUCCGUAUGAUUUCAAAACAAUGUACAAUAACAGGCUGCAGGCGAGGUCAAUGAUCGAAUAUCAGACAUUUAUAGAUGAUAUGAGAGUACUUACUGUAUCAAACAGAUCUCAACUCUGCGUAAUUAAUACUUUGAAUAAUUUUGAUGCUGAAAGUUCGUUUUGGAUGAAUGAACCUGAUAAUCCGAGCAUGGUUUAUGUCGAUUAUAUGCAUAAGAAUGCUCAUUUGCUGUUUUCGAGCGGUGGAAACUCAUCAAAAAUUCGAAUUUACGAUAUCGGUUCUUUGAAAUCGAUAACAGACAUAAGAAUCAAGCGAAAACCACUAAGUAAGAUGCAGUGGUUGAAGCCAUAUUCGACUUUGUUCUAUGUUGCCCAAGAUAACGUUUACAUCUACGAUUCAAGGAUGCAGAAACAAGUUGCAGCUGUUGAGGGAAGUGACAUGAACUUUUUGUCCGCAAACGCCUGUACCGCUAUGCCACUUUACAUGCUACAGUCCUCUAAAAAUGGAAAAAUCAGAAUGAUUGAUAUGAGGACAAUGAAAACUGUGGCUGAAGAAGGCAUAGGAGGUACUGUGAAGAUGUUUGAUGUGCAUACACAGCUUCCUUACGCUGUUGCUUUGACAAAUAACUCAUUUGUAGGAAUUUCUUUUGAAAAUGGAACAAUUUCAACUGUAAAACAGGAUUUGGAUACAACUCCUGACGGAUUUUGCCUCCAUUCGAGAGAGAACUUGUGUGCAAUAAGGUCUGUAAACACAAUUUACUCUAGAGCUCUUUUGUAUUAA